AUGAAGAGGACAAGUAUUCUACUCAUUUUCAUUGUUUCUAUCACAAUUUUCUCACCAGCCUUUGGAAACAAGCCAAACAAUCAGGCACUCCUGGGGUCCCAAAAAAAUUGCUCAUACUCAAUUGAGAUUCAGACAACUUGUGCACCAUCAGCCGAUACCACAGAUCAUGUGAGUGUCCGAUUCAGCGACUCAUUGGGAAAUUUGAUCAUUGUGAAGCAUCUAAAAAAUCCCAAGUUGCUAUAUGCUCCAAAAGGUGGCUUAAAGAAACAAGGUGGUGCAUAUAGUGGGUUUGAACGUUGUGCCAUUGACAUGUUUGAGGUACUUCAUACCCAGGAUGGUGGCCAUGUGGUGCCGGUUUCUUACAUGUUCUAUUUUAGGACAUUUGUGCCAGAGAAUGUAUGGUAUGGGUUUGAUUAUUGUCACUCUAAUGGAGCUUUUAUGCCUCAUGCUGCAGAUUUUAGUAGGAAGGACUAG